UAGAAUGUCAAAUUGUCAAUAACAUUGUAACGUUGCUGAAGCUGUCUUUCUCUGCAAAAAACAUCCUCACCCUUGCCACAAAACACUACUCUUUCUAUCUUCCGAUCCUCUAAUCCCAAUCUCACUUUCCAUUUUUCACUCCACGCUGUAACUCUCUCUCUCUCCCCCUCUCUCUAUUUUAUCUCUCUGCUUCACAAUUCACAAAAAAAAAGUACCUUUUUUUGUUGUUGUUGUUUGAUUCAGAUUUCUAACUCCAAUGGCCUUGGUUGAAGGUAUUUGCUUUCAUUUUCUAAAUUCCAGAAUUGGGUUGUUUUAAUCUAAGUGUUUCAUGGGGUGUUUCUUUUCAAGAUGAAUGCCAUGUGCUUCAACUCAAGUUUAAAUUUUAAUAUAUAUUUUUCUCUCGAUUUUGCAUAAGGAGAUAAUGGGUCUCCAAAAUCGGUGACAGCUUAUGAAGACGCAUUGGAUGCCUUGUCAUCUUUGAUUACACAACGCACCCGUGUUGGCAAUGUCGAUGUGGAGGAACGAUUCAACGUGCUAUAUGAGUACCUAAAGAUGCUUGAUUUGGAGGAGGCGAUUUCGAAUAUGAAGAUUAUCCAUGUUGCUGGCACCAAAGGGAAGGGAUCUACAUGCACCUUCACUGAAUCUAUAUUACGCAACUGUGGUUUUCACACUGGACUUUUCACAUCUCCUCACCUAAUUGAUAUCCGAGAAAGAUUUCGUUUGGAUGGUGUGGAAAUCUGUGAAGAGAAAUUUUUAGCAUAUUUCUGGUGGUGUUAUAAUAGACUAAAGGAAAAAACUGAUGAAAAUGUUCCAAUGCCUACCUUUUUUCACUUCCUUGCUUUACUUGCCUUCAAGAUAUUUGCAGCAGAGCAGGUAGAUGUUUCUAUAAUGGAGGUUGGAUUAGGUGGCAAAUAUGAUGCUACGAAUGUGGUGCAAACACCUAUUGUAUGUGGUAUAACUUCCCUUGGGUAUGACCACAUGGAGAUUCUUGGGAAUACACUUGGAGAAAUUGCUGGUGAGAAGGCUGGCAUCUUCAAGCAUCAAAUUCCAGCAUUUACGGUGCCUCAACCUGAUGAAGCAAUGCAUAUACUCAAAGAGAAGGCUUCUGAGUUAAAUGUACCUCUUCAAGUGGUAACCCCAUUAGAUGCCAAGUUGCUAAAUGGUUCAAGUUUAGGGCUUGAAGGUGAGCACCAAUAUGUAAAUGCUGGUCUUGCCGUUGCACUAUGCUCUACAUGGCUUAAGAUGAAUGGGCAUCCUAAAGACUCUCAUUUGAAACAGACACAAAACACUUUGCCAGAGCAGUUCAUAAAAGGGUUAACAACUGCAAGUUUGCAAGGAAGAGCUCAGAUUGUUCCUGAUCAUUUCAUCAACAAUGAAAUAUCAAAUGAACUUGUCUUCUUUUUAGAUGGGGCUCAUAGUCCUGAAAGCAUGGAAGUAUGUGCCAAGUGGUUUUCUCUUGCAAUUAAAGAUCAAGACCAGGCUUUGAAACCUGAUGAUCCUAAGUUUUCAAACCAAGUAGUGAAGAUGUACCACAGUGAAACUGUACCGAAGAAAUCUGCACAGAUUUUGCUGUUCAAUUGUAUGUCUGUGCGAGAUCCUCAAUUGCUUCUUCCUACCUUGAUGAAAACAUGUGCGGAUCAUGGUGUCUACUUCAAGAAGGCACUCUUUGUUCCUGGUCUAUCAGUGUAUCAUAAAGUUGGAUCCCAUACUUCAACACCGACUGAUUCUAAUGUUGACCUGUCAUGGCAGUUCACUCUACAAAGAGUGUGGGAAAAUCUGAUGCAAGUGAACAAAGCAGGCAAGAGUACUGAUGCUACUUCUGAAGAACUAAAUAUGGAAAUGAAUGCCAGUAAUUGUGAACACAGUGCAGUGUUUUCCUCAUUGCCGCUGGCUAUCAAAUGGCUUAGGGACACGGUGCAACAAAACCAGUCAACUCGUAUUCAGGUCCUUGUAACUGGUUCCUUACAUCUUGUUGGUGACGUGUUGAAAUUAGUGAAGAAGUGAUUCGUUGGACUAAUUGAAAGAUUGGCUUCCAUCAGAUUUGUGAAGUGCCCUAUUGUUCUUGACAUUAUCCAACGAGACGUUUCUGUCAUUCACCGUACAUUAAACUUGGCUCGGAAAUUGUUGACAGAAGGUUAUCAAUAUAAUAACAACAUCCUUGGUUAUGAACAUUUGAUACAUCCACCCUAUUGGAUUAUUUAGCAGCAGAUGAAUAAAAGAUAGACUACUGAGGUGGGUCUGCAACACAGGAAGUUGCACAUAAUCUUAGCGUGUGUUUGGUUUAUAUUUAGAUAAUCAACUUUUGCAUUUUUGAAUAAAAAUUAUGACCAAGAUUAAUUUUGAUAUAGAUACUAAUCAUGUUUAACGAUUCAAAAUUUUAUUAAAAUUAAUUUUUCUAAUU